AUGGCUUCUAAAACUGGCCAGAGGGGCCUAAAUUAAAUAGGUGACUUAAUCUGAGCCUGAGGUCUGGAAUGUAAGUCUUUCUGGUUAUAUCAUUUUACCGAAGGAAGAAGAAGUUUCACGUAUCCGUCUGAAAUAAGUUUAAUAUCACGGCUGGCCGUUAUUCGGACAUUUAUGCCGGAAGUUUUGAUGUCGUCCCGGUGUUUUACCGGCGAUGUAGCAGCGAGUGGGUCUUCGGCAGGAAAAAGCGCCAACUUCUGCUGUACCGUCUGAAUCGUGCAAUACUCAAAGAACUCUUAACUGGAUGUUCCGUGAAAUAUAUUGAACUUCAAUCUGGAAUGACUCAUUCAGUGAGGUGCGCUGUUGCAUCUUAGUAGGAAAAAAAAACACCCUCAAGGUACCAAAAAAAAAAAAGAUGCCAGGUCUGCAGGGUGAAAAUAUUGUGGCGGCGCUGGGGAGUCCCAUCAAGAAGAGUAAACUGUCUCUGAAGUUCCUCCAGAAGAAAGAAACUAAACGGGCUCUGGAUUUCUCUGAACCUCAAGCAGAUGAACCCAAAACGGGUGAACCAGUGGAGCCUGAAGCAAGCUGUGAUCAGGUGGUCCCUGGUCCUUCUCCAUGUCCAGCCUCACCUGGCUUUCUCCUGCCAUGUGAGAAGAGAGAGAACAUGCUGCCAUUUGUGGGGCUCAACAACUUGGGCAACACCUGCUAUUUGAACAGUGUCUUACAGGUGCUGUACUACUGCCCAGGGCUCAGAGAAGGCAUAAAGAGCCUGUACAACCUGUCUAAAAGAAAAGUCAAAUCAAAAGAAGAGACUGACAAAAGUGAAGAGCAGUCAGAAGUUGCAGCAGAGGCUUUGCCAGCUCAAAUUGAGCUCCUUGGGAGCUUCAACAGUCUGAUAACAUCAGUGGAGCAGCUGCAGUCCGGCUUCCUGUUAAACCCUGACAGCUUCAGUGAGGGAGAACUCGCCACACCGCCUCGUAAAAUACUCCACACACUCAGGCAGCUGAACCCCAUGUAUGAAGGCUAUCUUCAGCAUGACGCCCAGGAGGUGCUGCAGUGCAUCCUGGGAUAUAUCCAAGAGGCUUGUGACACCAUCAGGAAGGAGCAGGAGUUGGAGAGGGAGGGUGACGAUGUGCCGGAAGUUAAAAUUGAGAAUGUGUCCAGCAGCUCUGUAGCAGAAUCCAAAACUCCCACAGAAGAGGACGGCCAAGUCAGCGGCAAGAGAAAGAGUGACACCGAAGUGGGAAAUGCCAAAAAGAAGCCAAAGUCUGUCAAGUCUAAGAAAUCUGAUAAUGAGGAAGACGCCAUCAGUAGAAAUAAACCCCUCACUCGCUCUAAGAGGAGGUCCUCCAGUGACAUCACAGUGGACAGCACCCAAGACAAAGAUAGAGAGGAUGAAGGGAUGAAGAAAAUGAAUAGGGAAGAGGAAGGAGGGAGUGACAGUGAGGGGAAAGGUGAAAAGGCAGAUGGGAAAAGAAAGAAGAAGACUAAGCUGAGCUGGCUGAGGCCUUCUGGGAAACAACCAAGUAUUUUCUCCAAGUUCCGCAGCGUGGGGAAGAUCAGCUCCAUGACCGUGAAGAACCACAACAAACUAGAGCAGGAGAACGGGCUGACUGACGACCAAAGUCAGAAUGAGAAGACCAGUGAGGAGAGAUCACCACAAAAUAUGGCUGAAGACAAGAAGGCAUUGAAACAUCAAGGGGGUCUGGACCUGAUGGAGCGCUUGUUCCAGGGCCAACUGGUUCUGAGGACUCGCUGUUUAGAGUGUGAGAGCUUCACGGAGAGGAGAGAGGACUUCCAGGACAUCAGUGUCCCAGUGCUCGAUGACGAACCCAGCAGCCCAGACGACCUCUCUGAGGUCUCUCCUGAUCCUAAACCAGAGCUGAAGACUCUGAAAUGGGCCAUCGCCCAGUUUGCUUCAGUGGAGCGCAUCGCUGGGGAGGACAAAUACUUCUGUGAGACCUGUCAUCAUUACACAGAGGCUGAGAGAAGUCUGCUGUUUGACAAAACUCCUGAAGUGAUCACCAUUCACCUGAAGCGCUUCUCUGCCAACAGUUUAGAUUUGGACCCAUAUGCAGGUCUGUCUAAAGUGAACACUCCCUUGCAGACCCCUUUGACCUUGUCUCUGGAUGAGUGGUGCACUCGGCCCUCGUCCACAAAGGGUCAACCCUAUCAGCUAUUUGGUGUGGUCAUGCACAGUGGAGUCACCAUCAGCAGCGGCCACUACACCGCCUACGUCCGCAUGUGUGAUCUGAAAGAUGUGAAGCUCUGGCUGCAGGACCGAAAAGAAACGGAGGAGGAGAAGGAAAGUAAAGAGGGAACACAGGUGAAAGAUGAAGUGCUGGACUACGAUGACGGAGAGGUGUCUUUCAGCCUGAAUGCAAGGGGACAGAGAGGUGCGAGUUUGGCUAGCAGCAAAACGGGAGGCAAGAAGCUGUCAGAGGGUGGGGUUGGACUCUUGGGGGGCCAGAGGAGUUUGUCUAGUUAUGACCUUGGGAACAGCAGCAGUAAACACACGGAGAAAGCAGCCAGCAGUGGAACAACAGAAGGAUCCAAACGGAGAAAAACCAUCAACAGCCUGGGCCAAAAUACUGAAGCAGGACUUAAAAAGGAGCCUGAGGCAUCAAUGACUUCCUGUGGCGCGGUGGAGGCCACGGAGCAGCAGGCUUUGAACAACCUCCUUGAAUAUGAGGGCAAAUGGCUGCUGUUCGACGACUCUGAGGUGCGUUUGUUUGAGGAGGAGGAUUUCCUGCGAGCCUGCUCUCCUGAGACAUGCUCCUCAUCGACACCUUACCUGCUGUUCUACAGAAGGAUGCCCGAACAUGGACAUUAACAUGAACACAAGGACCGCUGUUGACUCAGGGAGGUUGUGCCAGUCAGGCUUUUUGGCAGCUGAGCACCCAGACAGUUGUAUUUUGCAAUACCACAAACCGUGCCAAAAAUACUGUGGCUGCCAUAUUAGCACCUGAACUGAAGACAUUUUUCAGCCCAGAAGCCCACACUGCAACAGUCUGGUCUCGCUGUGGGACCAAAGCUGUUUAGACCUUCUCAUGGACUAGAUGUCCGUGAGCUAAUUGGGGUUCAAAGUCAUAUUUUAGAAAUAUUCAGACAAACGGCUAUUUAAUUUUCUGUGUGCCAGGGAUGACUUCAGCCUUUUAGAAACUUUUUUUCUUUCUUUUUGGAUGUGAUUCUUACCUUUUGUAAACUGAGUACAGUCUUUUUGCUGUCUGUACUAUUAUUUCUUGGACACUGGCUUUUAUACUUUUUUUGUCAUUGUCUAUAUCAUCUUGUUUUUUAUGUUUUCUCAGUUAGUUUGUAUGGUUCCUUUUUACAAAUUGGAAAAGCACUUUAGAAGUAAAAUUUGAGUGAAAAUGCAAAUGUCUUUUCUAGUUGAAUACUUUUCUAUAAUCCAUUAAUUUGCAUUUACAGGAGACUGUCAGUGCUGUGUAUAUUUGGAAUAGAUUACUCAACUAAAAGUCAAAUCCUUUGCACUUGCAAAGCAAUGCAGAAUAUGCUUCAUGAAGUUAGAGAACAAUAUGCUGCAGGUUUUUUCCUGCAAUAUUUUCUUUAAUUUUUAAGAAAAGCCUUUGCCUGCCUCCCAUACCAAAUUCUCAAAGUUUUGCACUGAUUCCUUGUUUUUACAUACAAAUAUUAACACUGUUUUGUACAGCUGAAGCCUGAAAUUGAUGCAAUCUAUACUGGAAAGCCUACAGUGUUGGACUAUUUUGUAACAUUUACCAUAAUGGCAUAUUUUUACACGCUAAAAUGUUUAUACAUAUUUUGUUGAUACUGUUAAUACUCAGUUUCUCGCUCAGCCCAGACAUCAGAAACUUUUUCAAGGUGCCAAUUCAGAGUGAAGAUACGUGAAACCUAAACUCUUAAAAAUGUAUACUUCUUCAGUAAGCUAUCAGGUUUUUAUAAAAUGCGUUUAGCAAGGUUAUGAGAAACUGCCUUGUUCAUCUUUCAUGUCUAAUUUAGUGUGUAACUAACAAUUUGCAUAUUUGAAUGUGCAAAUCUGGAUCUGUUAUUUAAAGGGUUAGUUACUUAAUUCAGAGACGGAAUGGUCAAAGAUAGAGGGUUUAUAACCUACAUAGUAAAUCCCUGCUCAGUGAGACUGACUCCCACAGCAUGUGACCUGCCUCCAGUUCUGUUUUUCUAUUUGUUCUUUAGAGAAAAGGGUCUGUUAGAAAGUUUAAGACAAAACAAUUAAGACACAUCUGAGCAGUUUGGAUUUGAUUGCUUGCCAUCUUCAUAGCUGUAUACUUCCAGUGUUAGCAGUUUGUAUUAAUUGUGUGUGAACUGUAGCUGAGAGCAUUGCAGAGCUAAAUGUUUUGACUUCAAGUGUAUCAACAUCCUACUGCACUCGGACAUCUACAAAUGUCACGCUCAUCCCAGGCGUGGUCACAACUGAAAUAAAUUUUAUCCCAACAACCGGAUUUCAGCAUGUCUCAUGUUCAGGUGCUCACAAUCAGCCAAAACAAGCUGGAGAAAAUUAUGAUUGACUUGUUCUAUGCUUAUAAAUUUGUCCCUGUGAAUGCCCAAAUAAUGACUUUCCUAUUAAUCAAGGAUUGCAGUUUUAUGCUUGUUCAGUGUUUUUUGUAAUUAAUAUCGCAUACUUUGCGUGUGAAAAUUCUGGUCAUCUGGUAUUACGCCUGUGUAGUUUAAAAUAUUCAGUAAAGGUGACACUGUUCAUCUCAGUUUCUACAGCAGAGUGUUUAAGUUCAAUCAUGGUUUCAGGGAUUGAAUCAGUUAUUAUUUAGCUGUGCUUUGUGAGUAACACCCAUUCUCGGCCAUAUUCAGUUAUUUCACUAUAAAUUAUAUAUACCUGUGAAAGGUUUCCAAAGUAAGUUUUGUAAUUUAACAUAGUGCUUACAGAUCUGGUUUAAUGUAAUGUGACAACAGCAAGUGUGUUGUUUCCUUUAAACUGUACCUCUUUCCAGCUGUAAUUAUAUUAAUGUUGGCAGGUUCACACUAGAAGUAAUAAAGUUUUUACCUUCA